AUGGAUAACUCCUACAUUUUGUUACAGGAAAACGAUAGUGAAUAUGAGCCCACAGAGGAAGAGGUACGAGAAGAAGCUCGCUUUUUAGGUAUCGCCCCCAGUGAUGAACAUCUACUCUGGAUUGCCAAGGAGGCACUUCGUGCACCGCUUCCUAAGAAUUGGGAACCCUACCAACACAAGAAAACGGGGGUGAUCGUGUACUACAACACGAAAACAGGAGAAACUAGCGAGAACCAUCCCCUAGAUGAUUACUUUCGGUCUCUCUACAUGAAGCUGAAGACAACACCCCUUCCAGUCGAAAGCUUUAGUAUGAGAGACAUGAGCGGUGCAGAAAACGUUACAGAAAGCCAUCCGCCGAACUUCCAACCGAAAGAUAGUGUGGGUAUAAUCAACUCCGCUGAGUUUCAGCUCUCUCACUCGCUCUCCUUUCUGAAUUCUUAUGAUCGAAGAGAAGCAGAGAGUCUGCAGAACGAAAUCCAAAAGCUGACAGUUGAAAUCACCCUGUUCAAUGAGUUUUGA